UAAAACCAUCCCCGCCGCCUCUCCCCUCCCGGAGUCCGGGCUCCUCUCGCCUCCCGUUGGGGCCCAUGCACUCUCCCGCAUGGACCCUGAGGACCCCUUCGCAGAAGAGCCGCGGAAGAGCAUGGAGGGGCUCCCGCCUUUCCCGGCGCCCGGAGGAGGAGGAGGAGGAGGGAGCGCGAGCAGCAGCAGCAACCGGAGCGAGGCCCCUCUCCCUGGCCCAGGCUACCCUCCUUUGGACGCCGCCAAGCCCUGCUUGCCUCCCCCGGCCUCCUCUGCCGCCACAGCCUCGCCCUUCUCCUAUGGAUGCUUCCCCGGCGGAGGAGGAGGAGGCGGCGGCGGGGGCGGAGGAGGAGGGGGCUACUAUUCCUACCGCGUGGCCCGCAGCGCCCUCAAGCCCGGGCCCAUGAUGCCCCCGCAGCCGGGCUACCCGGAGAAGUACCUGGAGGUCUGCAACGUGGCGGCGGCGGAGGACUACCCCACGCGCCCGGCGGAGUUCGCCUUCUACCCGGGCUACGGAGGCCCCUACCAGCCCGUGGCCAGCUACCUGGACGUUUCCGUGGUGCAGAGCCUCGGGGGAGGCGGCGGAGGGGCCCCUGGGGAGGCCCGGCACGAGGCGCUCUUGCCCGUGGACCCUUACCACGAACCCUGGGCUCUGGCCGCCGGAGGGUGGAGUGGCCCCGUGUGCUGCGCCAAGGAGCCCAGCCCCGCCGCAGGGCACUUUUGGAAAACCGCUUUUGCAGAGGCUGUGGGGCAGCACCCGGCCGAGGCCUGCACCUUCCGCCGAGGGCGCAAGAAGCGCAUCCCUUACAGCAAAGGGCAGCUGAAGGAGCUGGAGAAGGAAUACUCCAGCAGCAAGUUCAUCACCAAGGACAAGCGGAGGAAGAUCUCGGCCGCCACCAACCUCAGCGAGAGACAGAUCACCAUCUGGUUCCAGAACCGGCGGGUGAAGGAGAAGAAAGUGGUGGCCAAGGGGAAAAGCGGCAGCGCCAACAGCACCGCCAACAGCACCAGCGACACUCCCUGAGGAAGAGGGAGGCCGGGAAGGCGAUUCCGAGGGAGCGGGGUCGAGGAAGGCACCGUGGCUGCCUCCCUGGGGCCCAACGGGGGCAAGAGGAGGCCAAGCUGGGGUGGGAGAACCGAACUAAGACAAAAGAGUGGCCUUUGUGGGGGGCGGGGGGCGACCUCCCCAUCUCCACCCUGCCCAAUUCUAUAUGUACAAUUCAAAUUUCCCUGCUUAUUUUUUUUAAAUAAUUAUAAUAAUUAUUAUUACUAUUUUAUGUUGUUAUUGGGUGCCCCCUUCCUCCGAUUUGCAAAAUGUAGCUGCGACCAUGUUGGGGAGGGAAGGAAGGAGGGGGUUUGGGGAAGAAAACCGUGUGCAAUUGAGAUUUUUUUUUCCUGUUUCGGUUUUUAUUUGUCUGUCUGUGUCUUUUGUUGUUCUGUCCGCCUGUUUUGUUUCCUUCGUGUCUUUCGCUGCCUUAGUAGCCAGGGCUCUGCGCUUUAUAGUCCUCUCUUUCUUUGUACCAAGUUCAAGAACUCUGAACUGCUUUGAGGAAGGGAGAAGAGGGGAAAAAUAAAAACCAGAAGAGAAAAACAGACACGCAAUCGAACCGAGUUUUGAAUAAAUUCUCAACAACCAUCAAGGCUUGGAUUGCUUUCGGUUCCCUUUGUCUCUUAGUCGCGUGGAAAGAAUCCUACUAGCCGGUUGCUGUGAGUUUUCCGGGCUGUGUGGCCAUGUUCCAGAAGCAUUAGUUUCCACUUGCUUAGUUUCCAGCAGACUUAACAACCUUUGAGGAUGCCUGCCAUAGAUGUAGGCAAAACGUCAAGAGAGAAUCCUUCUGGAACAUGGCCAUACAGCCCCGAAAACUCACAGCAACCCAGCGAUUUCGGCUAUGAAAGCCUUGGACAACACAUAGAAAAGAUACUAUUAUUAUUCAGUCACAGAGCAUAACCUAUCUUUUAGGAGACUUGUACGUAGGAGAGAUUUUUUUUUCGUGUCAGGAGCAACCAGAGUUGCUUCUGGAGAUAAUAAUAUUCUGGAGAGAUAAUAAUCUGCAUUACAAUAUUUGAAUUAUCUAUAAUGUAGGUUGACAAUUGCAUGCAUAUAUAUGAGAGCUGACCAGCGACUGAAAGGUUUUUUAAAAAUCCAUCUUAUGGCAAUCGAUGGCAUUCAAAUAAAUCUUCAUCCUACCAAAAACCUCAUGAUAAGUGCCUUCAAAGAACCUGAAAGAUGGGAGAGGUUUGUCUAGUUUGAGAAGGAAAGACCAUCUUUAGGCUGAAGUCUGAACUCAGUGUAAAUAUCACUCAUUUUUGUGGGCCUUAAUUCCAAGUAAACAUGCAUAGGAUGGAGAUUUCUAGGUUCCCUCCCAUUCACUAUAACAAUGAAACUGAGCCGAACUUUCACUCUCUGAAGUUCGAAGUCUUACUUGCUUUGUUUGUAUGCAAUAUAUGGAAUGUUAAUGUAGGCCUGGAAUGGUAAAUCCAUUUCAAAUUAGAGGCUCUUACUGUGGAAUAAAGGUGGACAGGCCUCUUUCAUACA